UCCGCCGGAAGUGAAGAAGAGAGAAGCGCGAUGGCUGACGACGCUAUGAGAACGGAUGUUCAGCUGCCGGUGGCCACCGAGCUCAAGAAACCUCGUCUGAAGAAAGCUCCUGAGCUUCCCAUCCUGGAGAAAAGAAACUGGCUCAUACAUCUGCAUUAUAUCCGCAAGGAUUAUGAGACCUGCAAGGCUAUUGUUAAAGAACAGCUGCAUGAAACUCAAGGCAUGUGUGAAUAUGCUGUGUAUGUGCAAGCUCUGAUCAUGCGGUUAGAAGGGAAGAUUCAGGAGUCUCUGGAGUUGUUUCAGAGUUGUGCCAUCAUUAACCCCACAAGCUCAGACAACCUCAAACAAGUGGCCCGAUCGCUUUUCCUGUUAGGGAAGCACAAAGCUGCCAUUGAGGUUUAUAAUGAAGCUGCACGUCUCAAUCAGAAAGACUGGGAGAUCAGCCAUAAUCUGGGCGUUUGCUACAUCUACACCAAAGACUUCAGGAGUGCAGAAGAGCAGUUAAACUUGGCAUUACAGCUGAAUAAACACGAUCUGACCUACAUGAUGCUGGGAAAAAUACACUUACUGCAGGGGGACACAGAGAAAGCCAUCGACGUCUACAAGAGCGCUGUGGAGUUUUCUCCAGAGAACACAGAGCUGCUGACCACAUUAGGACUGCUGUACAUGCAGCUUGGGAAGUAUCAGAAAGCUUUCGAGCAUCUGGGAAACGCUCUGACCUAUGACCCCAAUAACUUUAAGGCCAUCCUUGCGGCUGGCAGUAUGAUGCAGACUCAUGGAGAUUAUGACGUGGCCAUGAACAAGUAUCGUGUGGCGGCAUACGCUGUCCCCGAGAGCCCACCUCUCUGGAAUAACAUCGGCAUGUGCUUCUUCGGCAAAAAGAAAUACGUCGCUGCCAUCAGCUGUCUGAAGAGAGCGAAUUAUCUGUCUCCGUUUGACUGGAAGAUUCUGUAUAAUCUGGGUUUGGUUCACCUCACCAUGCAGCAGUUCGCUUCCGCUUUCCACUUUCUGAGCGCCGCCAUCAACCUGCGGCCACGCAUGAGUGAACUAUACAUGCUGCUUGCCGUUGCUCUGACCAAUCUGGAUGACGCUGAAAACGCCCGCAGGUCUUAUGAACAGGCAGUUCAGAUAGAUGAAUCAAGCCCGCUGGUGAACCUGAACUUUGCAGUGUUCCUGUAUAACCAGGGAGAUAAGAAAGCCGCCCUGCUGCAGUACCAGGAGAUGGAAAGGAAAGUCAACACUCAGCUGGAGAACAGCAGCAACACUGAGUUUGACCCUGAGCUGGUUGAAAUGGCUCAGAAGCUGGGCGGUGCUUUACAAGCGGGCGAAAACCUGUACUGGAGCAAACCAGGCAAAGACGGCAAAACCAGCCAGCGCAGCUCCUCCAGCAAACCCAGCGGCUCACAGCAGCCCCUGGGCACCAACCAGGCUCUGGGUCAGGCCAUGUCUUCAGCCGCAGGAUUCAGCAAGAGCAUGCAGAUCAGCGCAGAGGCGGAUGUGAGCAGAGCGCCAUCUCCUCCUGCUGGAGACCCGGAGGAUGAGGAUGAGGUGGAGGAUGCAGCCGGACCAGCCAAACCCAAAGACAAGAAGGGCAGAGCUAAACCUGUGGCUGAAUAGAGCACAGAUUACAAAAGGCCAAGGUGUUGUCUAUAACUUAUGAAUGUACAGAGUUGAUGCUCAGCGCAGGUUACAAUCACUGAUCUUUAGAUGCUUGAAUGAUGUCAAAGGGUCAGUUCACCAAAAAAAGAUCCCUUUAAUCAUCAAAACUUAUUUGAGUUCUUCUGUUGAACACAAAAGAUGUUUUGAAGAAUGCUGGUACAGUAUGUAGCACGCAUUUACUUUUAUAGUAAUUUCUAUUUAAGUCAAUUGCAAUCAACAUUUUUCAAAGUAUCUUCUUUUGCGUUCAACAGAAGAAAGAAACUCGUAAAGGUUUAAAACCACAUGAGGGAGAGUAAAUGAUGAGGUGAUUUUCAUUGUUGGGUGAACUGUCCCUUUAAUGUAGAUACAUGUAGUUGUGUUGCAUUUGAACACUUUGUAUGACACUAUACAAUAAGGUUACAUUAGCUAACAUUGAACUAAAACUGUAAUUCAACUUGUUCCAAACCUGUUUCUAUUUAUUCUGUUGAGCACAAAUGAAGAUAUUUACAACAAUGUGGAAAACGGGCAGCAAUUAACAUCCCUGGUGAUUUGUUUUUCUAUUGACUUCACUAUGGAAGUGAAUGGCUACCAGUUUCCAACAUUCUUCAGAAUAUCUUCUGUGUUUAGUGGAAAAAAGAAACUCAUACAGGUUUGGAUCCACUUGAGGGAGAGUAAAUAUGUACAUUUUUAUUUUGAGUGAACUAUUCCUUUAAUCUUAAUAAAUGUUAAUUCCAACAUUUACUAA